AUGGGGGCGAAGCCUUCAAGGGGUUUGUCGUCUCAAGAGUUGAAACAGCCGCUGCUUCCGCUGACGAUUCACUGUCCAGCCUUCAAGCCAGAAGGUGCAGGCAGCUGGUUGAGCACGCAGCCUCCUCGAAGUGGGGGUAGCCUGCCAUCAGCCCCAGCCAGCUUCAAGGCCGGAAAGCCCAGAAAAACCAGAGACUUCAUCGACGGCGAGAUCACUCUCCGCUCCACGGGCACUAGGCACGUUUGGGAUGGGGAGAGCCUUGACCCACGGUUCGUCACCGAAGAGCAGACGACACACGCCAUCAGCGGGCAGGUGGCAACACUCGUCUGCCGCUACGUGGAAGAGGGAAGGGAGAAAGCGGAGGCCCUGUCAAAGAAUGACGACGAGUUCCACGAGGACCACUUCCUGCGUCGAAGGUGGUGUUGCUGUCCGCGUAGAAAAAAGAAGCCGGAGUUGUCCCAUGAGGCCGUAUUGACCUUUCUGAACGACAUUUCCGAUUCCUUGUAUUUUUGCAAGCAGGUAGUUGUUCUUUGCGCCAUCUACAUUGAGCGCUUGAUUGAGCAGACCGACACCGUUCUGACGGUUGGUAACUGGCGCUCGCUUGUCACAGCUGGAUUGCUGAUUGCAUCCAAGGUAUGGGAGGACAUUCAUCCCUGGAACGCUGACUUUGAAGAAUGCCUUCUGGAAGUUGCAGGCAUUCGCUACAAAUGCGGUGCGCUGUACCGAUUAGAAUCAAUGUUCCUGGAAAAACUGCAGUGGAAGGUGUUCGUCGAUGCCAAAAUCUAUGCUGCUUACUUCUUCUCCUUGAUGGACAAGGCCAUGGGCUUCCGUCCAGCGGGAAACUUCGAGAUGCGCACCACUGGAUCCGUGACCUUCGCGGGGGACUUUGGUCCAAUCAAGGAGGACGAGCACUUCGGCGAAACGGACUCAGAGUUGGACUUGGAAAGGGGCCUCAUGUCUCCGGAGCAGCGCGGAACCUCGGAGCGCAGGACUGCUGGGGACAGCAGCACGUCACCAGACGUGCGUGGCAGGGAUGAAGUGGAGAGUUGCCUCAGUGGUGAGUCCCUUCAUAGUGCACGUGAUUGCUGGCGUCUCGAUGCCGGAAAUCCGCACAUUGGCUCUCUACGACAUGCGCCACGAGCUCUGGCACCUUCCCGACACAUACCUCAGAGCGAGGAACUCCUUCGGGUGCACAAGUUGGUCUCACGGACCACAAGCAUGUUUGGUCUCCCCAAGGGCCGCCACCCGGAGGCACUGACACUUUCCGGAGCGACCGGAAGUCAGUUGAAGACGGAGCUCCUGCAGUACUUGAAGAAGAGGGGUGAGGAGAAAACCACUGCCGAGGCCUCUGCAGCUCGUGGAUUGAGCAUUCUGGAGGAGGAGGGUGCGUGGUCAGACAAUUCUCCCAGCAAGUGA